AUGGCGGGGAACCCGGCACAGCAGCAUCAGCACCACCAGCACGCCGCUGGGUCUCACCAUCGCCUACACCAUCUUCUACGCCUCGCCCACGCUCUUCGCGGUACUUGCACGCUCUGGCUGGUGCUGCGCUACCGACACAAGCGCUUCAGCUACCAGACGGCCUUCCUGUUCCUGUGUCUGCUGUGGGCCGCCCUGCGCGCCCUCCUCUUCUCCUUCUACUUCAGGGACUGCGUGACCGCCAACGCGCUCGGCCCGUUCGCCUUCUGGCUGCUCUACUGCUUCCCCGUCUGCCUGCAGUUCUUCACGCUCAGCCUCAUGAACCUCUACUGCGCACAGGUUUACUUCAAGGCCAAGUCCAAGUACACACCUGCCCUGCUCAAAUACAGACUUCCCCUGUAUCUGGUCUUCCUGGGCGUCAGCCUUCUCUUCCUCGUGGUUAAUCUGGUCUGCGCGCUGCUGGUCAAAAUGGCCGCGGCCGACGUGAAGACCAUCGUCCUGGUGAGGGUCACCAUCAACGACAGCCUGUUCGUCCUCUGCGCUGUCUCGCUCUCCGUCUGCCUCUACAAGGUCGCCAAGAUGUCGCUGGCCAACAUCUACCUGGAGUCAAAGAAAAAGUGGAUUGAAGCUGUAGUAAUCGUUGCCCUGUGUUUGUGUCUGCAGGCGGACCUCCGCUCGUCGCUAGGAGACGGCGGCUACGUCGUGUUCGGGGUGAUUCUGUUCGUCUGGGAGCUGCUGCCGACAUCGCUGGUCGUCUUCUUCUUCAGGGUGCGCCGGCCGCCUCAGGAACGGAGCGCUGCGGGGAUCCCGAACCACGUUCUCUCCUCCAGAGGAUAUUUCUUCGACAACCCUCGGCGCUACGACAGCGACGACGACCUGGCCUGGAGCAUUCCCCCCCAGAAUGCAUCAGCGAGCCUCUCCUCCGACUGCUACGACUGGGGCAGCCGCCACAGCAGCUUCACCGUGCACACCAACGGCGACGAGCAGCGCCUGACGACCGCCGCCACCGCCGGGGAGCUCCACCCUUACCCAUGAUCCCCCUCUUCACCGUUACAGCAUCGUCGCCACUCUUUGCACUUUGACGCCCAUCGGUUAUUGUGUUUCUUAUCAUCUCUGAUGUGAAAAGGUUUGUGGAGUCACAGUAGACAGAAAAAGAAAAAAAAAACAUUAACAAAUAAAAAUAAAUACCAGGAUGUUACGCAGGGUUCCUCGCAGUCAGGUUAGUCCGGAUCAACGGGAGCUCAUUUCCAGGAUAGAACCUGACUUCCUGUCCGCUCUCUCUCUCUCUCUCUCUCUCUGUGUGUGUUGCCGUUGUCUUCGGGAAA